AUGUUCCUCGGGCUCCUCGCGGUCGUUGUGGCGCUCGCGGCGGUGUUCUGCCUCAUCGCGGUCGUCUUCGUGGCGCGCGUGGAGGCGUCCCAGGAUGCAGGGGAGCAGUUCAAGCUCCGCCAGCUUCAGGUGGUCAGCGCGCGCGCCCAUCUGGAGCAGCAGGAAGCCCUCGCCCGCGAGCAGGAGGAGGUCAUUCAAGAGGCGAAGGCCAAUAUCGAGGCUGACAAGGGGGCCGACGGAACCCACCCCAUCGUUGAAGUUCCUGCGAAGGCGGCUACAGCUCAGCCUUAUCGCGGUGAGAUUCCCGCUGACAACUUGGCGGCAACCGCGGCCAGGAUGGCCAGCGCCUUGGCGCAGGCGCCCAUGGGCGAGGGCGGCGCCAGCGAGCAGCGGGCGCCAGGAGCUCUCGGGGCGAUGCCCCUCGCUUUCCCGAGGGCGCGGAGUUUUGGGAUUGUCAGUCUGCGUAGCAAUUAUUGGGUGGAUCGCACCCGCGCUGGACGCGCCGGCGCGCUGUUAUCCAGGGCCGUCGGGGCCCGCGCCUCGAACGCGGGGGCCCCCUUCGUCGCGGGCGGCAACUUCAGCGCGGGCCCUGAGGCCAAGAUGGUGGCGCUGCAGAAGCUGCAGGAGUUGCAGAAGAUUGAGCCGAAGGAGGCGAGAGCCAAGGAGUGGCGCAUGCUGUUGCGGAACUGGCACCCGGACAAGAACCCCGACAAUAAGGAUGUGGCCACGGAGGUGUUCCAGUUCCUUCAGAAGGGAAAGAACCUUUUGAAUCUACAAUGA